AUGGCUUCUGUGGCGGCCCAAUGUCAAGGGAUUCAAGCUGCAAUAAUUCGACUUCAGCGACUUGACAUCGAAAGAAUCGUGGCUUUCAAAAGCCAGCAUGAUCGGAUCAUGCAUGUAAUGGAAGGUGUCAUUGUCGGCUGCAAAGGCACUCUUGCUUUGAUCGAGGAAUACAUUCUUGAUUUUCGAACAACAACAGAGAGGGAGGCCUCCAACCAGAUGGAGGUCGACGCGAAGCUCGAGUCUGUUUGGAACGGCAAUGAUAUCCAAGAGCUGCUUUCUCAACUUAAUGGCUAUCAAGCUGGUCUGACAAAUUUGUUGGUCAUCUCAGAGAGCAAUUCUAUUCAUGAAAUACGCUCGCUGCUGGUCAAUCAAAAACUUGCACUAGACGACUUGGUUGAGCGGUCUCGGAAAUCUUGGAACAAGAAACCAGCCUCGACCCUUACACGAUCUGGCUCCCUUAGAUUUAGUAUCAUCGCUUCCAGCGAUGCAUUCUCAACUACUGCCAUCCACACGGACCUUGAACGAGAUGAGACCAUUGAGCCGCCAUUUGCCCUCGAUCAUAUAAUUUGCAGCUCAAGGGCCUACAGACGAUACAUGUUUCGCAACCCCAAAUUCGGCAGCAGUGCUCAAAUCCAGGACGACAUGCUGCUGACAUCGAAUGACCUAUCCAUGCACCCUAGUCAACAGGAAUCAAUAACCGCUCAUUCCGAAAACACAGCAUGCUCCCCUUUCUCGCGUAGUAAUGAGUCCAAUGACAACAUUGCUCCAUUCAAGCAAUUGAACAUUUUUAACGGCCAGAACGAGGCGACCGAGGCCCAGUCAACAGUUCCAGCUGUCAUUCAGACUUCACGGAGAACAACCCCAAAUUUCUCUCGACGAGAAUUGGUGUCAAGGAAGUCAGUACUUGUACUACAUCCGUCUGAAGGAGCUCCUUCCCCACAAGCUGUACAAGCACCAGAGAUGUCAGAACCGAGCUUGGUGACACGACCGUCUGCCGCGCACGUCGAUGCUGAAAUUCACGGCGACACGACUCUCAAUACAGCGCCUGCCAUGCCACCACCUCUGAAGCAGUUUUACAAAAUCAUCCUUCUUGGUGCGGGUGCAGUGGGAAAAUCUCCACUGGCAAUGCAGUUCGCUUCUCCGCUCUUCGAACUCUUUUGUGCGGGAGAGGAGUUUGACCCAACCAUUGAAGACUAUCACAGGGCCGAAUGCAGCGUGGAUGGUAAGCCUGUCGUACUAGAAAUCGUUGAUCACUCAGGUCAGAUGGAGUACUCAGGCCUGUGGGAAGAUCACAUCCGUGCUUGCGAUUGUAUCAUGCUCGUUUACAGCAUUGCCUCGCGCAGGUCAUAUCAGGAAGUCUUAUAUUUCAUCGAAGAGGUCUCGAGACUUACGGCAGGCGAACGGCUUCCCAUCGUUUUGGUGGGAAACAAGUGCGAUCUGCGUGAUCUGCGAGAGGUUUCUAGACUGGAAGGCCAGGAGCUUGCUGAUAACAUCAUGUGUCCAUUCUUUGAGACAUCUGUAAAGUCGAAUGUCAAUGUGAACGAGGCAUUUCACGAAGCAGUUCGGGAAAUCAGACGAAGCCGUGAUGGGUAUAUUGACUGGAUGAUCAGCAGUUUCGCCAGGGUCACCACGCAGCUCCGUCAACAUGAAUCAAUUUUUGGGUAA